GGCGUCACCAGGACAACGGGCGUCGCCGGCGCCGUGUGACUCCGGGCUGUGGGCGCGCUCGCGGCCAUGGUUUUCUCAAACAAUGAUGAUGGCCUUAUCAACAAAAAGUUACCCAAGGAGCUGCUCUUAAGAAUUUUCUCCUUCCUGGACAUAGUAACUCUUUGUCGAUGUGCACAGAUUUCCAAGGCAUGGAACAUCUUAGCCCUGGAUGGAAGCAACUGGCAGAGAAUAGACCUUUUUAACUUCCAAACAGAUGUAGAGGGCCGAGUUGUGGAAAACAUCUCCAAGAGGUGCGGUGGCUUCCUCAGGAAACUCAGCUUGCGGGGUUGCAUCGGCGUUGGGGACUCCUCCUUGAAGACCUUUGCACAGAACUGCCGAAACAUUGAACAUUUAAACCUCAAUGGCUGCACAAAAAUCACUGACAGAGUGUGCCUGCCUUUUUCCAGCACUUGUUACAGCCUUAGCAGAUUCUGUUCCAAGCUGAAACACCUGGAUCUCACGUCCUGCGUGUCUGUCACCAACAGCUCCUUAAAGGGGAUCAGCGAUGGUUGCCGGAACCUGGAGUAUCUGAACCUCUCCUGGUGCGACCAGAUCACAAAGGAAGGCAUUGAGGCGCUGGUGCGGGGGUGCCGGGGCCUAAAAGCCCUUCUUCUGAGGGGUUGCACUCAGUUAGAGGACGAAGCUCUGAAACACAUUCAGCAUCACUGCCACGAGCUCGUCAGUCUCAACCUGCAGUCCUGCUCACGCAUCACUGAUGAGGGCGUGGUGCAGCUCUGCAGGGGCUGCCACCGGCUGCAGGCCUUGUGCCUCUCUGGUUGUAGUAAUCUCACGGAUGCAUCUCUCACGGCCCUGGGCCUGAACUGCCCCAGACUGCAGAUUUUGGAGGCUGCUCGAUGCUCCCAUUUGACUGAUGCAGGCUUUACACUUCUAGCUCGGAACUGUCAUGAGCUGGAGAAGAUGGACCUUGAAGAAUGUGUCCUGAUCACUGACAGCACCCUCAUCCAGCUCUCCAUCCACUGUCCCAAGCUACAAGCCCUGAGUUUGUCCCACUGUGAGCUCAUCACAGAUGAAGGGAUCCUACACCUGAGCAGCAGCACAUGUGGGCAUGAGAGACUGCGGGUACUGGAGCUGGACAACUGCCUCCUUGUCACGGAUGCUUCACUGGAGCACCUGGAGAACUGCCGUGGCUUAGAGCGGCUGGAGCUGUACGACUGCCAGCAGGUCACCCGUGCAGGCAUCAAGCGCAUGCGGGUAGGUGCAAGUCCCUCCUUGGCUGUCCCUCAGCAACUGAGGAAUACCCAGAAAUCAACAUCCAGGAUGUUAAGAGAGCUCAGCAGGCUCAGCUUCCUCAUGUCAAAGUCCAUGCCUACUUUGCUCCAGUCACCCCUCCACCAGCAGUGGCAGGAAGUGGACAUCGACUGUGCAGGUGCUGUGUCAUACUCUGACAGCAGCUCCUUAGGCCAAGGGCCCCAUCCUCCAGGUUAGACCAGUCUCCUGACUGCGCACCAUCACCCUGUCUCAACUCUCCACUGGGAAAGCAUUACAGGGAAGACUUCAGCACAGACUGCAGUAACUGGUGAUUCUAUUCACCUUAACCUUGUUGGGAUGCAAGCCAAUCAAAGCCUGUGUCAGUUACCAUAUGGCAAGAGUGGUGUGGUGCAGCCAAGACCACACAAGUAACCCGGAGGCCCUUCAGCAGUGGAUACCCACCUAGGUAACACAGCCCUACCCGGCUUUGUCAGCAUCCAACACAUAGACCUUCAGUGUUAGCACAACCAGAGCAGAGCAUAGAGCCUGUGGUUUUCUACCUGGUCCUUAAGCUGGUGGCUUACUUUAAUUCAUAAUGAUUCCUACUGAUUUGCAGAACUUUUCCAUUUUGAAGACUAAAUAGCACCUUUAUCAAUGUGACUGUACUGCAAACUCAGAAUGGCUGGUAGUUUCGUAUGUAGAAACGUGUGUGAAAGGCAUGUUAAUACAUUUCCAGAGAACACCAAAGAAUGAGGACUCUAAGCUGGGUGGGGCAUGAUCUUCACCCUUCUGUGUCAACUUGUCAUAUCCAAUUAUAGGGACCAAAACCUAAACAAAAGCAACCUACUUUGCAUUGCCCCAUUGGAAAUGAUAAGCUCUGUCAUGUGCUACAGCAUACAAUGCAUUUCUGUUAAAGGAAAAAAGCCAAUUAUGUCCACACUUCUCAAAAAAUUUGGGGGAACCUUGAAGAAACUCAGAAUUAAGGCUUAAGUUAUCUAUAAUAUAAUCAAGUAAAAAUAAUGAAUGGGUGCAUGAGAAUGAAUUUUUUUUUUUCAAAUUUACUCUGAAUUUUUAGAGAUCAUACCAGAACUACAUUAAAGCUUCACACAUGGAAAAACUCAAACGAGUAAAGUGUUGGCACCUUUUAAACUCCUAACAAGCCCUUACAGUGCUCACUAGAAUUAGUCAGAGACUUUACUGCUAUGAUGCUCAAGCUGGUAAAUCUGAGCAAAGCAGCUCUCCACAUACAGGUGUUUUUAUAUCACCUUAACUAGGGUAAGGACACCCAGGCUUUUACUGUGGCUGCUGCCUGCUCUGUGCCGUUGACAGUUACCGCCUUCAAUG